AUGAUCAUUAAAAUUCUUUUUCUAUUCUUCUUGUUAUGCAUACAAAAUGUGCGCAUUGAUGGAAAACUGGAUGUCAAACCAACUGUGUCGGGAGUGAGAGUGGAGAGCGAUGUCGGAGCUCCAGGCUUUCUAGGAUAUAGCGAUGCAGGAGAGAUAAUGGUUGAAGCUGACUCUAUAGUAGACAUUGUAAUCUUUGGUCAUGGAUUGGAAGAUGUUGACAUGGUAGCUUUCACAGACUCCGUAUGUGUCACAUCCGAAUUUAAUAUCUCUGAAAGCACAUUUUAUAUUCAUAAGGACAUGAAAAUUGUAUUCAAGUAUUCUUUUGUAGCAUGGCCGACUCCAUGGAGGAUUUGUUUAAAAUCCGAAAGUCACGGAUUAAUCCAAAUUGAUGACGACAGAACCUGGAUUCAGGCUGUGGAAAAAACUCAUGAGACGUAUAUGCCGAUUUGGAUGCAGAGCGCAAUUCUCUGUCUCCUGUUUUCAAUUUCCGCUCUUUGCUCGGGAUUAACACUGGGAUUAAUGGCACUCACACCACAAGAGCUUAGUAUCCUUAUGAAAUCGGGGACACCAAGUGAAAAAAAAUAUGCAUCUGCCAUCUAUCCAUUGAGAAUCCAUGGAAACCGACUUCUCUGCACAGUUAUUAUUAUGAACGUGAUUGUGAAUACCGGAAUCGCCCUUUUGUUUGACGAUAUGGCAGAAGGUUUAGUGGCGUUUGUUGCUUCGACCGUUGGAAUCGUUAUUUUUGGAGAAAUUCUUCCGCAAAGUAUUUGUGUCAAGUAUGGCCUAGCAGUUGGUGCAAACACUAUAUUCAUCACCAAGUUCUUUAUGAUAAUUCUGUUCCCACUUACGUGGCCCCUUGGAAAGAUUUUGGAUAAAUAUGCUGGUGUCGAUAUUGAUGUGGUCAAUCGUUCUAGAAUGAUUGAAAUGCUGAAAAUGAAUAUGGAGAAUGAGGCUUGUGAUAUCGAUUUGUCCACUCUAAAAAUUGCUAUUGGUGCGAUGGAGUUAAUUAAGAAGUCGGUGAAAGAUGUGAUGACUGAUAUUGAUGAUGUUUUUAUGUUAUCCGAAGAUCAAGUGCUGAACGCUGAGACAAUGACCAAAAUCUCUGAUUCGGGCUAUACAAGAAUACCGGUUUAUGAAGGGAACAACAGAAAUAAGGUCAAAAAUUUGUUGUAUGUAAGUGAUUUGGCGUUGAUUGGGAAAGAUAACAACAUCACGGUGAAAGCUGUGGCAGGAUUCAAUAAGAGAAGAUUGAGAAUUGUCGAUGAGCAUAUGCCAGUGACAGCGUUGAUGGAUGAGUUCAAGAUGGGUGACUAUCAUUUGGCAAUGGUUGCGAAAGCGCACGAUGUGAAGAAGCAUCAUCAUGGGAAGUUUGUGGAUGACAAGAUGGACAAUUUCAUUAUGAAAUCCAUGAAACUUGUGGAAGCCACCAUGUUGCCUGAAGCCCCAGAAGAACACGCAAUCACUCUUGUUGGGCUAAUCACUCUGGAAGACAUCACCGAAGAACUACUACAAGCUGAAAUCACCGACGAAACCGACUGCUACAUUACAGACGAUGCUCAGAAAAAACGAAGAACAAACACUUCCAAGAAAAGUGUUGCCGAACUUUUCUGUAGUGAAAAAAAGAGUGAGAGGUUGUCACUGCAUAUGCUGGAGAUGACAGAGAAGUGGCUACUAGAAAAAACUCCGCUGUUCGGUGAAAUGAAUCCGAAGGCUUUUGAAAAUUUGAUACAGAGAAAUAUUAGAGAGGUGAGGAUAUAUCAAAGAUAUCAACACAAUUAUCUUUUUAAGGUUCUCAUUGUACCUCCCAAAAACAGCACAUCCCCAGGAACCUUGAAUUUAUUCGAAGCGGGAGAGAUGAGCAAGCGUUUUGUGCUGAUACUUGAAGGCAAAGCGUCUAUUAAGUUUAACGAGAAGGAUCUCCUCUUUGAGUGUGGACCUUGGACUUGUUUUGGAGAGGCUAUUCUAAACAAAAUGGAGCUAUGCAUCAAAGAUGGAAAAGAACCUCCUACUGGAUUCUUUUUUGUGCCAGAUUAUACCCUGACUGUCAGUGGACCGUGCAGAUUUUUACAAAUAUCCACCAGCUCACUAUUACACUCACUUAGAAUCACACAGUUUGUGAAAGAAAUAAGGACUCCAAAGAUUUCGGUGACUAGUGAUGAUGAUCCCGGAUUAGUUUCUAGAAAGGUGUCGAUUAUGGGAAACAGUCCUACAGAGGCCAGAAAACGAUCAUCGACCAGUGUAAUGACAAAUUUGGCACUUCCAACUGCACGACUCGCCGCGAAAAUUGCUUCGGUUGAAGAAUUGAAACCGCUCAUUGAAUAA